GAAGAUAGUUUGUUGUCUUUUAACAUUUCACAGUAUAAUAGGAGACAUAUAGUCGAAUAAUAUAUUAGGACAUAACGUCAGGAUAUUAGAGGUGUUGACCUUUUUGACUCGGUUGUUCGUUCUGAGGAAGCGGUCGGUCGCGAGAUAAAUGGUCAAGAAGUUUUCUCGAAUUGAAAAGAAAAACCACCACGGGAGGGUUUGAACGUUUCACUUUUCCGUAGGUAGAAACGUUGAAGAAAUGACGAAUAGAGAAGACGAAUAUGACUAUCUUUUCAAAGGUGAGUGUGUUUACGAUACUAGGACAUUGCCAUUUUGUUCAGCACCACACCGCUUUCAAUGUAAUACAUUUCAUUUGUCGCUGCUUCCGCCCUGUCAAAAGUAAUCGGACUGUGUUGCUACAACUAUGUAACGAGCGCUGCCAAAAUCAAUUCUCAAUGACACGAGGAAAUGCGUAGCAGUACCAGUUACAGUAAAAACUUCACUCUGAAUUGCUACAACCAUUUUGUUACAAUUUAGUAUAAAUAUGGCUACAGCUGUGUAGUAGGCUAAGUUAGUUGAUUGCAACAGCACUGCACACUGACCGUUAAUAAGCACCAAGUAUCCAGUAAAUGACAUCUGUUGUUUAGUCGUCUUGUGGUGGGCCAAUGACGCAAUCAUCAGGAGAGGAAGUAUUGGUCAACAGGGGUCAUAUAGCCCACUGACUGUGGCACUAUGACACUUCAAAAUACUACAUUUACUCAAGCUGAUUGCCCUAAGGUGACCACAUGGUUUAGCCUUUAAGCACCAUUCUGUUUGUAGGGAUUCCAUUGACCUGGUAUAUUGGUGAGUCACACUGGGUUUAGAGAAAGCUGUCAUCUCCACGAUCUGUUUAUAUCUGAAUGAAGUGGAGUAAAGAUGACCUUGGCCUAAUGAUUCCUAAUUCAUCUAACAGAUAGCACAGAGUGAAAGCUUAUUGGCCCCUACUCAACAUGACCUUAUGUUCUAUGUUGUCUAGUUGUACCUUUCCCAGACUUUUCUGUGCACAUGCACUGUAGCCUAUUGUUAGACCUACAUAUGAGAAUGUGUAGGCCUACAUUUUUAGGAAUACAUCAACAAUUGGUAUGUUACAAUAAUAGCAAAUUCUUUUUUCUCUACAAAUGUUUCCCCUUUGUUCCCCUGUACUUACACUAACUACUUCCCAUGUGGGUUGUCUUGUCCUGGACAAAGGGACAUGAAGUGCACAGGGUCCUUUGUUCAAAUGUAGAACCCCAAACAGGCAUGGGUUGUCAAACUGGAAAGACUUGCAUGAAUCAAGUGAGUGUUUGUUUGUCUGUGUGUGUCCCUAUACAGAAGGGCCCUGACAGUAGGGAAGAUGAGCAUAACUUCACUAUCAGUUAAAAUGCCUUGAGUGCUGUCCAAAUAGCACGAUUAUCUGAAUUCAGUGGAACACUGCUAGAACACACUGCCCCAUAGAGCAUAAAGUGAGGACUGUCAGUAGGCCACAUAACCAGUAGGUUCCUCCCCCUCCAGUUUCCUGCUUUUAAUUGCGGUUCUUUACUGCACCCCUCACUGUUUAGGCAUGAGUCAGUCAGGUGAGCGGUUGAAUCACUGCUCCCGACUAAGAGCCUGUAAGUGUUGCACAGCAAGUUGACCAGCUUUCUUGUUGAAAUGACUCCUACUGAGUGUUCUCUUUACAAAUAAACAUAUGCUCUCUUGUUGAUUUGACUUCCAGAUAAGAUAGGCCUACUUAAAAUAACUUCCUUAUACUGUAUUGGGAAAUAGAAUUUAGAUUUUGAAGGAAGCUAGACUACACUGUUUAGGCCUAGGCUAUGUAGUGAUGGCGACCAAGAAUAGAACAAUGGUUGUAGCUUUAGAACUCUGGAAUGCAGCCUACACAAUACCGUAGACUAAAUUGGUGAUAUUAUGUUUCUGGUGACAAGUACACUGAAAGUUACAUAAUGCUUUUGUUCGUUCCUCAGCCACCGUAUUAUCACUGUUACCAGAAAGGCUAGUCAAUGGGAAUUGUAGUUCAGAGUCCUUCUUGCAACUGACAAGGAUUUUCUUGGAACUAUAAAGUCCCAGUUCUCAUGUUGCUAACUGAUGUGGAGAGUUGCCGAUGGAUUGCCUGUGGAACAAGUGAACUUUUGUUAGGUUCUCCUAGCUUGAGUCAGUCAGCACAAUCGUCAAUUGGUAGACAGGUUUCUACCUGUCUGUUGCACCACUGUAGCAUUUUCAUGUGAUGAGCUUCCAUGCUUAGCUUGUAUGAUUAACACAGCCUACAUUCUGUGGGAGUGGGAGAUGUGUCAAUAAGACCUCGUCAACACACAACCAGUUCCUAUUUCCUAAUAACAGGGUGGUGAGCUUUGAGUUAGGAUUUUCCUCCUGACUCACCUGGAUUUCAGUCAUUGUAAAAUCCUCUUUCCCAACACACCCCCACCUUGUGUUUGGAAAUGAACGGGUGUCAAAACGGGAACAGAUGCCAAAUGUUUCAUUGCUCCAUAAGGGCAGGGUUCAGUGGAUAGGCUGAACUACACAAGGCAUCAUCUUCUUUGUCAAUUAAAUCAAACUUUGGUUAUUCAUGACAAUACUUAGCCUAGGCGCUACACUACCUCACGAAGUUUGAAACGUCACGUCAUGGGUCUUUGUCAAAAGCAAAAACAAGCCAGAUGGCCUGUAUUUUGCACAAAUAUUGUUUAUUGAACUACAGUCAAGUACAGUCAGGCCUUCUCAGUAGACUGUUAAUCACUAACAGAGCAGUAGACGCAUGGCGCAAUGCUCUUAGACCCCAAUCAGGAGCUGUCGUAUCUUCUACCAUGAUUUUCUUUGUCAGACCUGUUUUUUACCCCCACUGAGUGUUCCUGUUCCUACAUUGUAGAAAACAAGUUGUUUGUCGACCCCUGUACAGUGGGUAACGUACUGUAUUGUUAUUCUGGUGGUGUCUGUCUGACUCAUGCCCUCGCUCCUCUCUCUGUGCUCCAGUGGUGCUGAUUGGGGACUCUGGAGUGGGGAAGAGUAACCUGCUGUCCCGCUUCACCCGCAACGAGUUCAGCCUGGAGAGCAAGAGCACCAUUGGGGUGGAGUUUGCCACGCGCAGCAUCCAUGUGGAGAGCAAGACCGUCAAGGCCCAGAUCUGGGACACGGCAGGACAGGAGCGCUACAGAGCCAUCACCUCCGCGUGAGUAUUAACACAGCUCGAACACGUAGUGAUUUGUUUGUUUUGGGUCUGUCUGCCAGGCACCUGUGACAUAUUGGCAGCGUUUACACAGGCAGCCCAAUUCUGAUUAUCUUUUUUAGCUAAUUGGUCUUUUGACAAUCAGAUCAGCUCUGAAAAAGAUCUGAUGGGAUUGGUCAAAAAACCCAAUUAGUGGGGGGAAAAGAUCAGAAUUGGGUUUCCUGUGUAAACGCAGCCAUUGAGGAUGUUUGUACAUGCAGAACAUUCCAGCCUAUUUCUGCUAAUUUUCCAAUUUUUCUCAUCUUGUUGACAACUUUGAGCACUUUGCUUAUGAUGUAUGCAAUAGCAUUUCAUCUAGGGAAUGACUAACUAAAUGUACCACUCCAUUGACUCAGCCAAUGCUCUGGUGUUCUGUCCACUACUGCUCCCAGUAACACUUAGUUCCCUCCUCCUGUCCUCUGUGUAGGUACUACCGUGGGGCAGUGGGGGCUCUGCUGGUGUACGACAUCGCCAAGCACCUGACGUAUGAAAACGCUGAACGCUGGUUGAAGGAGCUGCAGGACCACGCUGACAGCAACAUUGUCAUCAUGCUGGUGGGCAACAAGAGUGACCUGCGCCACCUCAGGGCCGUGCCCACGGACGAGGCCAAGGCCUUGGCAGGUACCCUCACAUCAACUAGUUUUAUAGCCAUCUAGUUGAUCUGUUUGUUUAUUCUACUACAGCAGCAUUACCUUGCCAAGAGGACAGUACAGGAGAGUUGUUUCUCCCUCGAUAAGUUUUGCUUUUUAUUCGCAAUAGCAGUGGACAUAAAGUGAUACAGCAAGCUGAACAACAACACAAUACCAAUGUUUUGAUAAGCAUUACCAUAAUCUUGCUUUCAAAAUUGGAACAAGAACAUUUCAAAAAUAAUCUGGGGCUGGGGAAAGUGAUGCACCUGAGCCUCCCAAUGGACAAGGGAAUGCCCUCCACUGUCAGUCACUGUCUGCUUUCCCCUUAGGGGCUGCUCUUUGAUGUAGAGACAACAGAGCUCCCAUCAGGCUGCCUCUGUCAGUGAUUAACAGCCCAUGGUUCUGAAUGCACAUUCCCAGCAAUUGGAAAAAAAGCCAGUCGAGUUGACUCCAUUAUGAUUUUAGCUUCUCUCCACACUCCAAUGUGACAUUUCCAACUUAUCACACUUCUCCUUUGUUGUAGCUCUGCAUAAUAGUUUUCAAGUGUUUACUUAAGACCUUGAGUCUUAGUUCAUGCAUGGAAUACACUUUGACUUGUAAAUUGCUCUUGAUAAGAGUGGCUGAUGUAUAUGAACAAAUGGAAUUGUCCUUGUGAUGGCCAAGCCAGACUGGAAGGCGUCAUUGUGUAGAGCAAAACAACAUACCAUGUAAAACCACAGGCUCUCAUUCAAUUUCUGCUAUUGAUUUGUCACCAGGGUUGGCUUAUGCAGCACUACUACAAAGGGUCAUCGACAUCAUGCCAUUUCUAUUUGCUCUAUCAGUUAGCCUACACUGUGGUGACUGUUGCAAAUAGCCUCAUUGCUGAUGUAUAGUGACUGGAUAGCUGUUUUAUGAAGUGCCUACUAGUAUGGACAAUGAAUAUGACCUGUGAGUGUGUGUGUGUCCCCCCCCGUUUUCUACAGAGAAGCAUGGACUGUCUUUCCUGGAGACCUCGGCGUUAGACUCCUCUAAUGUGGAGCUGGCUUUCCAGACCACUCUCACAGGUUAGUGUACAAUAUACCAUGCAAUACUGCCUACCAUACACAUUGGGACUGCUUGUGAUUUUAAUAAGGGGCAAUUCCAUCGUUACGGAAUUACACUGUGACGAUUUUUCACUUUAAAAUGUAUGCCAAACAAAAACCAUUGAUUUAAAAGUUUAACAAACCAUACAACUCUAUGCACAGUAACUACUUUGAACAAUUUAUACAGUAUAAAAUAACAUUUAUUGGAAACGGUAAAUUACGGUAAAAUCUCCCUCAGUUUUAUUCUGUUACCAAACUUUGUAUCUGCGCAGUUCUUCCUGCAAAUGUGUUUUUGUAAAAGUUUCUGUGGAAAUUGUUAAAAUUAGUCUUUAUGCAUAGUGUUCUAUGGUUUGUUCAUCAUUGAAAUCAAUGUUUUUUUUUUUGGUAUACAUUUUAAAGUGGAAUUGCCCCAAACUGCAACUUGUGUUCACCCUGUAGUGCACACAGAAUCAUGCCAUCUUGUGAAAGAGCUGGCCUACUCUAACACUUAAAAGGCUUAAAAAGAGUCGCUAGUCCAAGUAAAGGUCUCUCCUAUAUUAACGGCCAUACCAAACGUUUCUGUAGUUUUUAUAUAUAUAUUAUUUGUACUCUGAGAGCUUUGUAGUCCAUUUGUUCAGCACUGACUUAUCUUCCACCAAUAGAUGGCAGCAAAAUCCAGGUUAUUACGAGGCAUCUACUGUAAGAUUACUCUGCAGGUCAAAAGCAUCUGUAAUUGGCACACUCAGACACUCCCACUUUGUGUGAGCCUCAAUCAGAUCUGAUGUUUGCCAGGAAACCACUAAAGCAUUUAUUUUUGGUACUUUGGAAUGCAAAUAUGAGCUUUCCAGGUGUCUCAUCGUUUAGUCCCUCAUACCCAGAACUCACAUUAAGUACCUCUACAAGAGCAACUUACUGAGAAGCAUUGACUUAUUAGCCACACCUUAGAAAUGCCUUGUUAAGGCAUGGCUGCUAUAAAAUAGAAAAAUGAGCAACGGCCGACUCAGAAACCCAAGAGUGUCUGAGGAACAAGCCUCUCACUGAGUGAGGCCUUCAAAUCAAUUGCUAUAGGGCUGUCAGCAUGCUCCCUGCUAUUUGUGUUCUGCUUUCUGCCUGCAUUUGUACAAUUAGUCAUUCUACUCUUCAACCAAUUUUUUAUUCAUAGAAACUUCAAACCAACUAGGCCCAUUGAGCUAACGAUAGUUCUAAUUAGCUCAUUUAAGAGAGGAGAACAGAGCGCAUAGCAGUGUGCUCAAACACAGCCAUGUAGGAAUUGAACUCCCUGACCCAGGAAGCAUGCUGACUAGCUAGUGGUUGACAUACCAGGUCAAGGGUUAGUUGAGGUCGUCUUGUCUGCUCGUUUUCACUGUAGGUUUUCAAUGUCUUGCUAAUUUUGAGGUAGGGAACUGCCUUGGGGAUUCACCAGCCAGUCAGUGGCAUGUAUGAGUCAGUCUGAAGUUAGUUUGGCGUGCCAGACUCGAGUAAUCCUAGGGAAGGUGCAGAAGUUCAGUCCCCAGGAGCCACAGUGUGCUGCUGUGUGGUUUCUAUGACAACUUGUCUCCAUUUUAUGUUUGUUUUUGGUAUUUAUUUACACAAUCCUGGAAAGUGAAAUGCUGUUUGGUCCCCAUUGCAUGACCGUCUUGUUCUCAGUUUUGUAUCUGCUGUAGUCCUUGACGAAACACUCUCCCGUUCUCCUCACCUAACAACCCAACAGCAACUGUUAUCUGUGUCCUCACCUGUCUGUCUGUCCGUCUGCUGCAGCCAUCUACAACAUCGUGUCCCAGAGGCAGAUGUCGGGCCGCAGCGACGCCGACUUCUUGCCCAACUCCAAUGUGGUGCCAAUCACGGUGCAGCCCACGCAGAACGCUGCCAAGUCGAGUGCCUGCUGCCAGAACAACUGAGGCCUCGCCACCGCCAGGGAGAGUCAGGGACAGACAGGUAGACGGGGAGGGAGGACUGGGAGACAAGGAGGAGAAACCGAGAGACAAGGAUACAGGCAGACAGAAACGGGGGGAGUGAUACAAAGGGAGGCAAAAGGACAGAAAGACAGGCAGACAAAGGGGGGCAGCCAGAUGUUUCCAUAGCCUCUGUUUGCAUUGUUUCCUCUGAGAAGUCUGUCCCGAUCUAAUUCAAUAAGCUUUAUGGUUACGCCUUGGCUUGAUCGGUUUUAAAUAUGAAAAAGGACUUGAAUUGAAUUCAUUUAUAUGAAUUGAGAAAUUGAGCAUGUUAGGGUAUGGUCCGCCAUAUCUUUCCACAGUUUUUGUCUCACUCAUUGUGAACUGAUCCCCCAUUGUCAGCUCAAUUUAAUAAGCCUGUGAACACACCCAAUUCCCCAGAACAGAAAAGGGGCAAUAACCCCCCCCCCAUUGUCAGUCAGCUCCUCCCAAACGUAUUUGAGUUUGUCCCAAUGAUAUUUAUUUAACACUAUAUUGAGGUCUUGUUUGACCAAAGGGUUUGUGCUAACAUGCAACACUGGGUGGUUUUGAUCUGAAGCUGCUUACUAAUAAUGAAGUGUGUCCUCUCUCUUUCUGUUCUUGAUUUCACUGGUAAUCAAAUCCUUUUUUGAUGGAGUCAUUAAAUGUAACUACCCUUGGCUAAUGGGGAAACGCGGAGAUAAGCCAUCUCAUCCCAAAUGUACCUGGUCGAAUAUGUCAGGCCAAUCUAAACUGCACAAAAUGGGGGUCCGUGGAGGUAACUUUUCAUGUCCAUUUUAUCAGUGCACUUCGACUUCCCUUUAAGUUAUUACACAGAAUAAAGUUUGCUCUUCAGAUUUUUUUGUGAUCAACAUUUUCACCCCUCCUCCCUCAAACCCAUUACAAAGUACUUUGUGCACAGCAAUAUUUCUCACAUAGGCCUAUGUCUUUUUUGCAAACAAACCAGUCUUGCUCUUUUGGGUGUUUUUCUGUUUAACUGAAUUGCUGUCGCUUUCCCCAUGGCUGUGUAGAUAUGGGAGGGUGAUGAGGGGAUAUUGGUUGGAGGGGUGGUGGUCAUAAACCAUGGUCUCUGAGUGGAGCCCUCCCUGCUGCCUGCUGUCCUGGAUGGAUGGACAGCUCAUGUUGCAGGAGAUGGGUAGUAAGGGCACUCAGCCUUGCCCGCUGCUGGGUGUCUGAUGUACACAAGAUGGCUUGUUUUACUGUAAAUGAACUCCUUCCACUGCCCACCCCCCCCUUAUCCACUGUAUGUAACUGGAACAGUAUAAUGCCUUCUGGGAUAUCUCUUAAGAGUGUCCCAGGUCUCUUUUUAUGGUUAUAUUUUCUGUUUUUUCUGGGUGUGUGUAGUUCUGUCAGUAGGUUGGUAAGAGUAAGCACUAGGGAGGAUACUAGCCCUUAUAGAUCUGCUAGUUUGGCAAAAGAGGGGAGGUGUGGGGAAAGUUUCAGUGUGCCUUUACCACAGCCGAAGGUCAACAGUGUAAACAGUCAUUAUCCUGCUGAGUUUUUUCCCCAACAACACUGCUUUUUUCCUUGUGGCAUUCCCAAUAGUACAUUGGGUGGUAAAGGUUAGAGGUUUUUAAAAUGUUAAUUCUCGUGUAUAGUUGGAUUGCAUAUGUAUAAAUAAAUUUCAUUUCUUGCUCCUUUA